CCCCCCACUCAGCAGUGACAGGGCCGGGCCUCACUUGCCUUCCCCUAAAAUGCUUCGCCUUCACACUCCCUCACCAUAAAACACCAACAUGGCCUCCCUCCAGCCACGCCACCAUUUCUAGCUCCACCUAAACGUUUCCUCAAACCCACAACAUGGGUGCGUAGAUAGCUCUUCUCAAGCUAAACCCAGCUACCCAGUACUAAGGGCAUUUCAAUCCGGUGAUGCUCGGAUUUCUCUGUGCGCGCCGGAAAACUUGGAUUGUCAGCUCCCUUUCUUCCUUUGCUCACGGCCCGGCGGCGAUUCACCAGAGCCGGAUCGUCCACAGCCAGCUGAUCCAGCACCAACUCGCUAACUUUUCCGGCGAAACCCCCCGCCGCCGCCACCGCCACAACAGCGCCUGCCAGCUAGGGUCAGCAUGCGGCGGCGGCGCCGCGGCGUCCAUAUGGCACGCUAUUCUUCCCUCGUCCGGUCUUUGGAGGCGACGGGAUCUCCGUCGUCCUGCGAUCCACUACGAGCUUAAGGGCGAGGGGUCGUGGAAUGCUGCUCUGGAUGCUCGCCCGGCUCGCUGGCUCCACCGGCCCGACUCGGCUUGGCUACUUUUUGGAGUUUGCAACUGCCUGGCGCCGAUAGACUGGGGUAUUACAACAACUAACGCAACCAACGAUGAGGAGUCGAAUAACAAAACUGAAGCUUGUGAUUCGAAAAGCCUCAUUACUUCUUCUGAUGAGAACUUGGAGAGCUCCGCUGAUUACAGAGUUACAGGAGUGCUAGCCGAUGGUCGGUGUCUCUUCAGAGCGAUAGCACAUGUGGCUUGCUUGAGAAAUGGGGAGGAACCUCCUGAUGAAAACCGUCAGAGAGAGCUCGCUGAUGAAUUAAGAGCUCAAGUUGUCGAUGAGCUUUUAAAGAGGCGGGAGGAAACUGAAUGGUUCAUUGAAGGCGAUUUCGAUGCAUAUGUGAAGAGAAUUCAACAGCCUUAUGUUUGGGGAGGAGAACCUGAAUUGCUUAUGGCUUCUCAUGUUAAAAAGACACCAAUAUCAGUCUACAUGGUAGAUAGAAGCUCAGGUGGUUUGGUAAACAUAGCAAAAUAUGGUGAAGAAUAUGGGAAAGAAGAAGAGAAACCAAUCAAUGUUCUUUUUCAUGGUUAUGGUCACUAUGACAUCUUGGAGUCUUUCUCAGAACAGAGUCUGCAGAAAGUAAACAUGUAGAUGGAUAUGGUUUAUAGAAUAAAUCACAUCACAUUAUUGUAGAAAGAGUUCACAAUUUGUGUGAUGGAAACAGUUUGACCAGUCAGGAACACUUGUCAAGGUAGAUAGGCUAAAGGCAGCGAAGGCUAGUCCAGCAUCUGCUGCCAGCGGAUGAGAAGUUAAUUAGCGAGACCAGUUUCUUUAGAGAUAAAGAUUUGAAUAAAGCCAGUUCUUCAUUUUCUGGGAUCAAUUUUGUAGGUUCAUGAUCUAUGUUUCAAUUCAUACACACAUUUACUUUA